GACAUUUUCAUGUGUUCAUUAUAAAUCUACCUAAGUUUCAAACGAGAAAUUUUUCAUAUUAAAUUUUUUUACAAUGAAAUUUUAUUCGUUUGUUUUAAUAUUUAUUGUUGUUUUCGUGUUGCAACCAGACAAAAGAGUUCAUUGCGAAACUUAUCGUGCUAUGUAUGAAAAUUAUAUCGAAAGGGUGGUGAGUCACAUUUAUUCACAAAUUAUAUCGUAUCGAAAACAAGAUUCAAAUAAUGAUAUGGAUAUAGACGAAGCUUUCCAACCAAAUUCUAAAAUGUUAAAUUUUAAUCUAAAAUAUUGUUAUACAAUAAAUAUACUCAAUUUAAAGUACAUUCAAAUACUGAAAAAAUUCUUUAAUUUAAUAAAACUUAUCCUCAAUGCAUGCCAAAAAUAUCAUCCAAAAAAUGAAUUAAAUAAAUUUAUUCUGUGUGUACAAAUGGUUGAAAUAAUUAUAAAAGAUUCAAAAAAUAUGGCUGAAAAUUUACACAAUGCUAUGAAGUUUUUAAGCUACAUAGAUAUAAGAUUUUUGUUUUCUCAAGGCUCCGUGGCGCAUCCUAUAUUUGAUAUAAUCGACUUUAUAUAUCAGUACAUCUUAAAUAUAAGUUCGGAAACCAGCUCAUUUGAUCUCAACAAAUCACCUUAUGAAAUUUCUAAAAUGAAACUUGAAAAUUUGAUAAUAUUUCAAGCAGACGUAUCAACAUUAAUGUUCAAUUUUAUUCAUAAUAGUACAUUCAUAGAUAUUAUUCUUUUAAAUGAUUUAAAAAAUAUUAAAAUUGUGGAAUUACCUAAUAAAUUUAUACCUAAAAGAAAUGAAAUAAUUACUAAGUUCUUCAACAAAAUUAUUGAAGUUUGGUACAAAAACUUAGGAUUUGAAGAAUUUCUCAACCCUACAACAGCAGAAUUCAUACCUCCAAUAGACCCAGAUAUAAAUCAAAAUGAUGGAAUUGAAGCUCUUAAUAUUAUUCGUAAAGAAUCUGGUUGGGAAAAAAUGAACCACAUAAGUAUAGUUUAUUUUGGUAAACAAUUCAGUGUAGAUCGUAUAAUAAAUGAUGAAGUUAGUAACAUAAAUUUUCAAAUAAAAAAGGAACACGUAUCACAACUAUUAAGAUGUAGAUUUACAGAAAUAAUGAAAAACUAUCGUUCAUUAUUUUCUGCAAUGUUAUAUAUAUGCGAUAAAGAUGCCCUUAACUAUUACAAUAAUUGUGUAAUUAAAUUAUUUGGCUCAUUCGUUAAAUCAAAAACAAUGCUUGAAGAUUUAUAUGAAGCUUUAGUUACUUUAAAGAAAUCAUCAAUAUGGAGUGUUAAUUAUACCUCUGAAUCAAAUUUACAGAUUGUUUUUGAAUGGGUUGCAGGAUUUCUCAGUUUGUUGGAGAAUAAUGAUUUUUCUUUAAAAAAUAUUAAUGAUAAUAAAAAGAUUAAACAACUUCUCUACAUUUUUAAAAAAAAAAUUAAUAUUUUUAGUACUCAUUUAUUUAGUGAAAUGAAGAUAUUUAAUACCCUGUGCCAUAAAGAUGACAAAUUUAAAAAUGUUCAGUAUUAUGUAAACUAUUUUAGGAAUCCAGAAAAUGAAUCAAUUAAUUUAAAUCCUGAGAAUUCAAUGCAAAUUAUGCUUAACGCAUGUAAUUUUUUUGACAAUUUUUGUGAAAAUGUUAGCAAAUCUUGUUAUAAAGAUCUGGGCUUUGAAAAACUUCCACACUAUAAAAUAAAGAAUUAGAAGCAAACUUUUUUAGCUUAUAUUUAAUUCACUAUAAUCACAACUUGCACAAUGAUUUUUGACUUAGCGAUUGUUUUACUUCCGUACAUAAAUAAUAUAUAUUGUUUCCGGAAUAUUUUAUUAAUAUACAAUUAACACUGUAUAAUUUUAUUGAGCAAUAUAAUCUUCAGUAAUUGUAUUAAUGUACUAUAAUUAUUUACUUAAUUAACAAACUAUCUAAUA